GCGCUGUGUGAUCAGGAGAGCGGCGGUACCGCAGCAGCAGCAGCGCGGAGCGGAGAUCAGCAGCAGGUUAGAACAGUAACCGGCCGCUGAGAGGACCUUAAAGCGCGAGGUCUGAUCAGAGGAGGGUCUGUGAGUCUUUUUCAUCCUGCAGCUGUGAGGGAUCUGUUCAUCUCUGAAGGAUGUUCCUGACGUUAGCUCUUCUCCGUAAGGGAAUUCCCGGUAAGCAGUGGAUCGGGAAGCACCGGCGGCCGCGUGCGAUCACCUGGCACAUGAAGCAGAACUUUGUGAAGCACCUGGAGCGCGAGGCGGAGAACGAAUACUGGAUCAGCCGGCCAUACAUGAGCCUGGAGCAGGAGCAGGGUCAUGCCGCCGCCCGCAGAGAACAUAUAUGGAAGAACAUCAAAUCUGAGAGAUACACCAAGUUCCCCCCCCACAAAUACGCCAGCGAUCACCUGAACCACCUCAACAUCACCAAAACUUGGGGAACCUAAACCGGUUCCAGAUUCGGACUGUCUGUUUCUCUGCUGCUCUCGGUUUCUGCAGCAGAUCUGAGUGUAAACCGUGUUAAUAAAAUGUGUUCAGAGCUAAA